UUUUUGGACAUGUUCAAGUUGACAUUACUCUGUCUGCUGGCCAGUACAUCGCUGGCCCUGGCACAGCACAAUCCUCAGUGGUGGGGCAAUCGCAACACCAUUGUGCAUCUGUUUGAAUGGAAGUGGGAUGACAUUGCCCAGGAGUGCGAGGAUUUUCUGGCACCUCGCGGCUAUGCCGGCGUCCAGGUGAGCCCUGUGGCUGAGAACAUCAUUUCGGAGGGUCGACCAUGGUGGGAACGCUACCAGCCCAUCUCCUAUAAGCUGAUCACGCGCUCUGGCAACGAACUAGAGUUCGCCUCCAUGGUUCGUCGGUGCAAUGAUGUGGGGGUGCGCAUCUAUGUGGAUGUCCUGUUGAAUCACAUGUCGGGCGACUUUGAGGGCACGGCACAUGGUACGGGCGGAUCUGUGGCUGAGCCUCGUUCCAAGUCCUUCCCAGCUGUGCCCUACACAGCGCAGGAUUUCCAUCCCAGCUGUGAGAUAUACGACUGGAAUGAUCGCUUCCAAGUCCAGCAGUGUGAGCUGGUAGGUCUCAAGGAUCUGGACCAAAGCAGCGACUAUGUGCGCAGACAGCUCAUUGAAGUCCUGGAUCACCUUAUUACUCUGGGUGUCGCUGGCUUCCGCGUGGAUGCGGCCAAACACAUGGCUGCCGAUGAUCUGGAUUAUAUUUUCGGCAAAAUGCGUGACCUAAACACCGAUCACGGCUUCCCCAGAAAUGCGCGUCCCUUCAUCUACCAAGAGGUCAUCGAUCAUGGCCAUGAGACGGUCUCCCGUGAUGAGUACACUGAUCUCGGCGCUGUCACCGAGUUCCGUUUCUCCGAGGAAAUAGGCAAAGCUUUCCGUGGCAACAAUGCGUUGAAAUGGCUGCAAAGCUGGGGCCCAGAAUGGGGUUUCCUGCCCUCUGAGCAGGCGGUGACCUUCGUGGACAACCACGACAACCAGCGCGAUGGUGGCCAGGAGCUGAACUACAAGUCGCCCAAACAAUACAAAAUGGCCACCGCAUUCCACUUGGCCUUCCCCUAUGGCAUCAGCCAGGUGAUGAGUUCCUUUGGCUUUGACGAUCGCGAUCAGGCUCCGCCCCAGGAUUCCCAGGAGCGCAUCAUCUCACCCGAGUUCGAUGACGAUGGCGCAUGCACCAACGGUUGGGUUUGUGAGCAUCGCUGGCGUCAGAUCUACAAUAUGGUUGGAUUCAAGAACACCGUGCGCGGUACCAAGGUCUCCAACUGGUGGGACAAUGGUGACAAUCAGAUCGCCUUCUGUCGCGGCAACAAGGGCUUCAUUGCCUUCAACAACAACCGUUACAAUCUCUCCGAGAAUCUGCAAACCUGCCUCCCAGCUGGCGAGUACUGUGACGUCAUCUCCGGCAGCCUCGUAGACGGCGCCUGUACAGGAAAGUCGGUGUAUGUGGACAGCAACGGUUAUGGCCACAUCAGCAUUGAAUCCGAUGAGUUUGACGGUGUCCUGGCCCUACACACAGAUGCCCGAUUGUAAAAAAAGGAAAGAUUCCAGAUGUGUUUCAAAUAACGACAUUGAUUUGGGUUUUUUAUUUCACAACUUACAAUAAAUCGCACAUAAAGUAUAAUAA